GCUUGUCUGAGGCAAGCUAGUGUCGGACGGGAGUCGAGCUGUGGGAGGUCAGUGGCGGUCGUGGGGCCGGAGCCGGUCGCCGGCACCAUGGAGGACGACGACAGCUAUGUUCCCAGUGACCUGACUGCAGAAGAGCGGCAAGAACUGGAGAACAUCCGGCGGAGGAAGCAGGAACUGCUGGCUGACAUUCAGAGGCUAAAGGAAGAGAUAGCAGAAGUCGCUAAUGAAAUUGAAAGCCUGGGAUCCACAGAGGAAAGGAAAAACAUGCAGAGGAACAAACAGGUAGCCAUGGGCAGGAAGAAAUUUAACAUGGAUCCUAAAAAGGGGAUCCAGUUCUUAAUAGAGAAUGACCUGCUGAAGAACACUUGUGAAGAUAUUGCCCAGUUCCUGUACAAAGGGGAGGGGCUCAACAAAACAGCCAUUGGUGACUACCUGGGGGAGAGAGAUGAGUUCAGCAUCCAGGUCCUGCACGCCUUUGUGGAGCUGCACGAGUUCACAGACCUGAACCUCGUCCAAGCCUUGCGGCAGUUCCUGUGGAGCUUCCGGCUCCCUGGAGAGGCUCAGAAGAUUGACCGGAUGAUGGAGGCCUUUGCCCAGCGGUACUGUCAGUGCAAUAAUGGAGUGUUCCAGUCCACAGACACUUGCUAUGUCCUCUCCUUUGCAAUCAUAAUGCUGAACACCAGCCUACACAACCCUAACGUCAAAGACAAGCCUACGGUGGAGAGGUUCAUUGCCAUGAAUCGCGGCAUCAAUGAUGGAGGAGACCUGCCCGAGGAGUUGCUCCGGAAUCUCUAUGAGAGCAUAAAAAACGAACCCUUUAAAAUCCCAGAAGAUGAUGGGAACGACCUCACUCACACGUUCUUCAAUCCAGACCGAGAAGGUUGGCUGUUGAAACUCGGAGGUGGCAGGGUGAAGACCUGGAAGAGGCGCUGGUUCAUUCUGACUGACAACUGCCUUUACUACUUUGAAUACACCACGGAUAAAGAGCCCCGUGGGAUCAUCCCCCUGGAGAAUCUGAGUAUCCGAGAGGUGGAAGACUCCAAAAAGCCGAACUGUUUUGAACUUUAUAUCCCUGACAAUAAAGACCAAGUGAUUAAGGCCUGUAAGACGGAGGCUGACGGCCGCGUGGUGGAAGGAAACCACACUGUGUACCGCAUCUCAGCACCCACUCCUGAGGAGAAGGACGAGUGGAUGAAGUGCAUCAAAGCUGCCAUCAGCAGAGACCCUUUCUACGAGAUGCUUGCUGCACGGAAAAAGAAGGUUUCCUCCACAAAGAGACACUGAGGGGGCACCAGGACACGGAGACGCCGCGGCCCUUUCUCCUGCCUCCCCUCGAAGGCACGGUGGAGCCAAGCAGAGGAGAGCGGAGCGCUCUUCUGCCAGUCCCUGCCCACUCCUAGAAACGCUUCAGCUUUUUGCAGUUUUCUGAGAGGGAGAAGGGCGGGCAGUGAGGGCUGCGGCUGGAGACUGCUGCUGCCACUCGUGGGCUCUGGAGCCGCUCAGAACCGCUGCUAGCAGCAGAGCAGCGCUGUGUCACGCCUCAGUUCCGCAGGACUGACGGCAGCACAUGGAGUACUCUUUACCUCGAAGUGUUCCUGGCCAAGGGCCUUCACCUCUGCUCCAUAAAUGCCUGUGAGGAUGUACUCGUAUGUACUAAGGAGACAGGAGGAAAGGAAGAGAAGCCACGCACUGUAAAGCUUUAUUUUUGUUUUUAAUGCAGAAGUGAACGUAGCACUGCGCUCUGCCCUCCUGCGCCCUGCUCGUGGAGCUUCCCAGGAAAGGGGCUCUGGGGAUGCUGGCACCCCAGGCUGCUGCCUCGUGACCUGUGUGGGCAAGAGGGGCAAAAGCAGGGCUGCUGGCAGGGCCCAGCAGACACGGGGAGGCCUUCAGACCCCGGUAGGGCAGCAGGCAGUGUGGGCAGCUCCUGCCCAGUGCCUGUAGGGCAGGGUGAAGGUGGUUAGCUCCUUGCCUGGCCCUCAGUACCCAGGCCCACUGCGCUUUAAAGUGGAAAGUCCGCAUUUUCCUAAGAACCAAAACUGUGAGGGGGUCACCCAUGGUGCCGGGUGACGACUGUUUCAUAGCUGGUUUUUCUUUCUCCUCCCCAAGAGCUCCACUCCUCGUUCUAGAGGAAGGAGCAGGUUUUACCUGAUCCCCUUGGGGCCUCAGCCUUUUCUGCCUCAAAAGCCGCCCCAACUGGACUAUUCUGGUGCACUCUGUGGUAGCCUCCAGGAGCAGGGGCCUUGCUCAGCAGGGUGCAGUGUAGUCAAGCAAGGUGAGGUGGCCUUUCUGUCCCCUUGCCCUCUAUGGCAUGGCAUGCCACAGCACAUGUAUGAGUCAGCCCUGGCCUCCUAACUCAGUGUGAAGGGAGCCAUGAAACGCAGCAUCUCCUGCCGUUCUCUCAGGGACUCUCAAGGGCAGCUCCUGCUCCUUGGCCAGGGCCAGCAUGCCAGUCCAGGCAGAGCAGGUGGCAGGCGGUGUCUUGGCACACUCCUCCACGUGGCCAAGGCCUUGGUGGCAGAAUGCUGCCUCCAGGCAGGUGGAGGAGCCACGGGUCCCGCUGAGCUGCGUGAGCUCAGCUCCUCUGAUCUCAGAAGGAGGUCAGCAUCUCUGGAAAUAGCUCUGCAGAGAAGGGUGAGUGUGGGGCAGCACUCUGGCCCCUUCCUAUGGAUCUGGCAUCAAGUGGCUUCAGGUGCUCCAUGCUGGAGUGUGGGAAGGUGACUGUAACGAAGAGGGUCCAGGCCGGAGACCUGAGCUUCCUGGUACAGAACCAGUCAGUGCCAGCCCAGGUUGUGGGGGAGUCGGGCCAGUGUCAGAGCCCCUCCUGCACACCAGUUCUCACAGGUGUGUCCUGGGCAGACCAGCAGCUGGCUCAGUAUCAGUCUAUUUAUCAGAGGUGUAAAUAAUCCAUACCUAGUUUUUCUCCUUUUAGAUUAUUUUGUAUUUGUUUAAAAAAAAAAAAAAGAUUUGUCAAAAUACAAAGAAAUGACUGAAAGUUGUUGACAGGGUUUUUUAAAAAUAUUAUUAUUAUUCCAAUUGGUUUUUUGUUUGUUUUUGCCUUGUAAACUAGCUCCAAGGAACUGCAGCAAAUAAACUCCAAACUUGCCCAAACCA